UAUAACUUAAAAAUUCAUGUGCAGAUCAGUCGCAUUGAGAUUGUCAUUUAAGUUGCGUCUCAGUGAAAUGACAGGCAAAUCACACAUAAAAAUGGACUUAAGUCACUUGCUCGUUUCAUUGACAUUGUUUUUCACAGGUUUACAAGCAGCCGAAUGGGGAUAUUGGGGAAAAAAUGGACCAGAGAACUGGCCAGGAAUUUGCACAACAGGAAAAAAACAAUCGCCAAUUGACAUUUCAACGAAAGAUGCUACAGAAAUUGAUUCCGGUCGUCUCAACUUUGAUCGAUACGAUAUACCGUUUCGUGCUACUGUGGAGAAUGAUGGACAUUCUGUGGAAAUUAAAUUGCAUGGUGUUCCGGCUCAUCUAAGCGGCGCAAAUCUGCAAUCGGAAUAUAUUCUCGAACAAAUGCAUCUUCAUUGGAGUGCUGAGCAUACCGUGGACGGUUUAGGUGGUCCUUUGGAGUUACAUUUAGUGCAUUAUGAUAAGCAAUAUGCAAAUUCCAGCAUAGCCGCUCAACAUGAAGACGGGAUUGCCGUUGUCUCGUGUCUAUUUGAGUUGAGCAAACAUGAUAAUCAACAGCUAGAGCCAAUUGUAAAAGCGACAAGAGAAAUUUUAUAUAAAGUGGGAAAGAGCACGGCGAUACAAAAAGAAUUGAUACCUCUGUCGUUCCUACCAAAGAAUUAUAAAUCAUAUUAUCAAUAUCAAGGAUCAUUAACUACACCAGCAUGUCAAGAAUCCGUUAAAUGGUUUGUUCUAGAGGAAAGAUCUCCAGUGUCGACAGCACAGGUGAACGUAUUCAAACGCCUUAAAGGCGACCAUGGCAGACAGACGUCCAAUAACAGACCCACACAGGAACUUAAUGACAGAAAAGUUUACCAUUAUUUAGGAUGAUUUGCGCGCCAAUAAGAUGAAGUUUCGAUUAAUAAGUUUUAUUUAAUCCAUUUAAAUAUAAAUCUUACUCGAUUGAUUUUAUUUAAAAAAAUUGAUUUUAUUUAAUAAAAAUUUUUUGCAAUGUUUCCUUUGAAUUGUACAUAUUUAAUCAUUUGUUUUUGUCAUUUGCACGAAACAAAUAUAUGAAUCUGAUCUUUGAUGCUCCCACUUGAGCACAAAGUAAAUAA